GGAAACCAAGUCCGUCUGGAACCGAUAAGGAGAGAGGAGGAGGAGACGACCGUAAAACCCCGGAGGCGAGCGGCGAUGGCGACGAGGGUGUGGGCGGCGUCGGCGGCCUUGAACCCCAUUAUCCUCCCCAUCUCAUCUUCCCCACGUCCGAGCAAGCCCGCCCCCUCCACGCGGCCGAGCGGGCACCUCCGCCUGCGCAGCCGCCCGCCGGGGCCGGCCAGGGUCGUGCGCCGCCGCGCCAAGAACGCCGCCUUCGAGGACUACAAAUUCCCGGACCCCAUCCCCGAGUUCGCCGAGCAGGAGACGAGCAAAUUCAGGGAGCACAUGACGUGGCGGCUGGAGCAGAAGAAGGAGGACUACUUCGGGGAGCACGUGGAGGACAUCGUCGACGUCUGCACCGAGGUCUUGGGCACGUUCUUGCAACAUGAGUACUGCGGACCCGGGACGCUCCUGGUUCACCCGUUCCUGGACAUGAAGGGCGAGAUCAAAGAGAGGGGCCUCCCCGGCGCGCCUCAGGCGGCUCGCGCCGCCAUCGCGUGGGCUGAGAAGAACAUCGACAAGGACUGGAAGGAGUGGACCGGAGAUUAUUAGCGCUGAUUUGAUUUCCUUUGUCACUCUUGUGUCUCUGUUGUGGCAGCUGUUUGUUGUACCUGUAGUAGCUUCGAUGUUUGAGUGGAGACUUGAAUCCUGAUAGAUUCUAGACUAGCCGCGUUAGUCCGAUGCCGAGCCCGUUAAACGCAUGAAGUUGAUUUCACUUUUGCUCUGAA